GGAACCCCUGCGGCCGGAUCUCACUUACUUGUCUUUCUCGGUGCCGAAGAUGGAGGCCAAGUACUCCGCCAUUUCCCACCCGCCGCCGCCACCGCCGACACCACUGCCGACGCCGACGACCCCGCCCGACGCCCGCCGGAUACGUCACCCGGACGCGACGACGCUCGUUCCGCCCCACCAGCGUGGCGGCGCUGCCCAAUCAGGAGAGGCGCUGUCUGCGCAUGGGCGGGGCUUGGCGCGCGCGGGAGGUGCUCCCCUGGCGGUAGUGGAGCCGGCGAGCCGCCCGCCAGCGCCACCUCCCGGCUCUCGUUACGUUCUCCGGGCCCGCGCCAACGCUCCUAGCGCCCUCGGCUGGGGCCCCGCGACCUCCACCGGCGUUCCGCAGUGGCCAGAGAAGCCAAGCGCUCAAAGUGCGGCUUCGGAGGAGGCAGCGGCCGAGGGGCUUUUCCACGCAGUCCCUGGGCCCGGACCCUGAGCGCGCCUGUCCCGCGUGGGGGUUUCCGCGGGCUGUCUGCAGUCUCAAGUUCAUAAACAGAGAAUGCCACAAAAAGUUUUAUCCUGGGAAGAAGCCUGCACAAAAAUGAGUUUUAUCCUGGCAGAAAUGCUUUGGCAGUGUCUACUGUGUUAAAAUGUGGUAUGGAGCACAUUUGAGAGUGAAGGUAACAAUGAUAAUCAGGUGCUUGUAUAGCCCUCAAAGCAGGUGUGAGGAGGACUCGGUUCCCUCUGAACACAGUUUGAGAACUGCUUUUUUGGUUGGUGGGUGUCAUAGCGGGGGCUCUGAUGCUAUUUGUACUUUAGGGGAGGUGAAAUAACCCCUCAACCCUCUUGGGUUCUGGUGGCUGGACUAAUAGUAAAACUGACUCAAGGUAGAUUACCAGGAAAAGAAGAAACUUAACUAAUUCAUGCACAUGGAGGCCCCAUAGAAAUGGGACCUAAGAAGUGGGCAAGGGCUUCCCUGGUGGCUCAGAGGGUAAAGAAUCUGCUUGCAAUGCAGGAGACUGGAGUUUGAUCCCUGGGAUGGGAAGAUCCCCUGGAGAAAGGAAUGGCAACCUACUCCGGU